AUGUCAGCAUCCUCCUCCAAUUUUUCGGGAUUCUACGCAAACCCGGCUCAACAACCGGCAUCCUACUCUGCCUCAAUUACCCCUUCCCAAUCUCGCGAUCAGACGGCUCGACCAGGACAGGCCUCAUCUUCGUCUGCUGUUCACAACGACAGCUCUCUCUCAAUUUUUCCUUCUCAAUACUAUUCGUAUCACCAGUCGCAGCGACAACUCUCCGCGUCUCAUCUCGCAGUUCCUCCGAAUCUCUCGUCGCCGUCCUCGCAAGGUUCUGAGACUCUGGUGACCACGCCAACUGAUCAUCCAGCAUCAUUUAGCGGCCCCAAUGCUAAUGGCAAGCGUCCUGCGUCCCCUCACGUUCAGGCGGGCGACAAGCGUAAGAAGUCACGUAAGGACAAGGUCGAUGAUGGAGAGGACAGUCAUAGCCCAGAAGCUGAGAAGGGCGAGGAGCCUGUAAAAGCAAAGUCUACGCGUGGCUCAAGAGCAUGUACGGUCUGUCGCCGCUUGAAGAUGAAAUGCGUGGGUGCGGAGAAUGGCCCUCCGUGCAAGCGUUGCCAAGCCGGCGGGCAUGAAUGUAUAUUUGAGGAGUCGAAUAGAGGAAAACGAUCCACAAAAAAACACGAGGUUCUUCAGCGGUCGUUGCGUAAAAUGGAGCGUACAUUAGACACAAUCUUCAGGUCUCUAGGAGCUCCUCCAUCUGAUGGGCCGUCUCGCUCUCCUUCACCUGACGGCCAGCCACCACCGUCGGGUGAGACCCAUCCUCUUCUCGCAUCCCCACCACAAUCACCUGCGGAUGCACUUCGGCGUCAUUCAGAACAUCCUCCCCAAUCCCCCAAGCUUCCAUCAUUACCAGAUGACUCGCUGAAUCCCCUUGGACUGUUGGCGGAAGCAAGUCUAGCAAAUCGUAGGGCUCAGGCUGGCUCCAAGUCAGACUUGGCUUCGACUGCCAUGUUGAGUCGAAGUUCAGAGCCGUCGAGGAUGGGCGUGGCUAGUGACCUAUACUUCAAGCCUGGGCCUAUGAGCAUAUUGCCACUUAGGCGUCUGUAUAUCGAACGUCAGAUUCAACCUGAAAUGCUUGGCUUUGUUAGCACGGAUGAAGUCAUAGCCUUGUUUAAAAUAUAUUUUGAUCAUAUGAACGUGCAUUGUGCACUCCUAGAUCCCGAUUUUCACACCCCAGCUUUAGUCUGCUCGCGGUCGCCAUUCCUGCUCACGACGAUCUGUGCGAUUGCCUCGCGGUUCUACAAUGCCCGUGAUGAGCUCUAUCCCAGACUUGCUGAGUUAGCAAAGAAGUUGGCUUUCAAUGUCCCGGCAAGGGGAUACAAGUCUGUUGAGAUCGUUCAGGCGUAUUUGCUAAACACGCUCUGGGGCUGUGGUCCUGUAGAGCGCUACGAGCAGGAUAGGACGUGGAUGCUUCUUGGGAUGGGAAUUAGGAUGGCGCUUGAUUUGAACAUCCACAGGCACACCGAAGUAUUGAACGACGGCACAGAAGAAGGGAACGCUCGUGAUCGUGAAGUCCACACCCGAGAAAGGACUUGGAUCUUAUGCUUCAUCCUCGAUCGAAGCUUUAGUGCACAAAUGGGAAAGCCAUACACCAUCAAAGAAGAUUUUAUCAUCCGCAAUGCAUCGCGGUGGUCUCAAUCGCCGAUCGCCAUGCCGUCGGACACGCAUACUGCAGGAUGUGCGGAUCUGCAACGCAUUCUCACCCGAAGCCUCGACCUACUCUACUCAAAUAACAGCACGUCGUCGGGCCUCCAAGAAGACUGUGACUAUCUUCUAGUGAUCAAAACCAUGGAAGCCCAACUACUUUCAUGGCAGCAUGAUUGGGUCAGGAAAAUUUCGGAAACCGAGAAAUCUGAUUUUGCAAGGAAGUAUGCGGAGCUCAGCUGCGAAUUCAAUUUCCACUAUGCAAUGCUCACUAUCAACUCAUUCGGACUACAAAAUGCCCUUCAACGUUCUCCAGUAGACAUGGGGCAUUUCUUCGCGCGCUGCCACUCUUCUGCUGUCAAGUGUGUGACAGUGAUUCACGGCGAACUGGGCUCUCUUGGUUACUUGAAGUACGCUCCGGACUCGUUAUUUGUCCAGGGAUCAUACGCAGUCCUGAGUUUGUUGAAGCUCCUGCGGCCAGAAUUUAGCUCUUAUCUGGACCAUGAACAGAAGACAAUUGCCCUUGUCAAGGAUGUGGCGGAUAUUUUUGAGAGGGUUGCCGAGUCGCCUCUACAUACACCCGCACUCUAUAGUGUGUUCCUCCGAGCCGUCAUCGCUGCCAAGACGGAUCCCUCUACCACUGCAACAGCGCCUGCGUCUUUCGAAGCCGGAUCCAGAACAGAGUCUGCGACAGUGCAAGAACUACCAACUGCUCCACCCGCAUUUGAUCUCUCACAAAGCAAACCACAGAUGUCUACUACCAUUCCUCCUGUGGAUCCACUUGCUGCAUUCUUUAAUACCGGUGAGAUGGGUCCUGUUGCAGACAUGUCGACGUUCCCGCCCACCAUGGCGCCGAAUCCCUCGCUGGAUAUGAAUAUGCUCUCGAUGGAUAGCAUACUGAGUGCGGACUUCUGGGACAGCAUGCUUGUUCCAGGGUCGUCUAAUUCGCUUGAGAGUCUGAGCAACGGCUAUGUGUACGGAGCAGGAGGUAGCGGUCUGAUUACCCCCCGUAUAUGGCAUCCAUUAACGGGGAUGCCGGAGGCGUCCCAGGGUGCGGAAGACGUUGACAAUCGGACGCCCCAGUACAAGACUGACAAUACGUAUGACCUAAUGCAAUCGCAAGUACACAGGCAUUCACUCAAUCCUCCUCUACGCCCGUGGCACAGGCGACAAUUUGCUCCCUUGCCAACCGAGUCCGCUGACGGUGGUGGUGGAUAUGUUCCGGAAGCCGGGGACGGAUACGGGUUCAAUGGGCCUGACAGUACAAGCGUCGUAGGGGCCCCUUACGACGCCGGACCCUACGGUCCUUACGGAACCACCACCAUUCAGCCUGGUUUCCAAAUCGGCGGCUCCGGGAGCUGUAGCUCUAGUAAUGGUGUCAUGGUCUGCACCAACGUCGCAUACAUGUCUGGCCCAACGACGGGCUGGACGAGCACCCAAAUCGUGACGUCGCCUAUCGCAGCGCAGACCGCCGGUUACACCUCGACCGAAGGAGGUGGUAUAGGUCCUGGAGAUACCGUAGUGAUCUACCCGGGCUCGCUGACAUCUACGUCGCCUGUUGCAGGGGUGACUGUGAACACGGGAUCCCCUUCGGAUGCACCCAACCUUACGUCCACCACCAAUACGUCCGAUAACUCAAGCGGCGCGAGCAGUAAGAGUAGUGGCACAACUUCGACUACGUCCUCGGCCCCUACUACGACGACCACAAAUCAAACUAAGACCAGCAGUGGGGCUGAGGUAGACGCGUUCAUGUUUUUCUGGAUAAAAAUUUCCGGCUUUGUUGUUACUCUUCUCAUGAUCUUGUGA